AUGCAUCAGCUGAACCAAAAGUCACUUGAUGCACUCAAGAACCUGCGCAACCACGUCUGUCCACAGGAUAACUACCAGACCACGAAACGUUCGGCUGUCCUUGUGGCACUUCUCCCCAACGAAAAGGGUGACCUCGAAGUCAUCCUCACCUCUCGCUCCUCCUCCCUCCGCACCAACGCCGGCGAUUCUGCUUUCCCCGGAGUCAUCACCCUCUUCCCCCCAGUCCUCUCCCGCCACAUGCAAGUCGUCACCCCCGUCGUCGCCUAUUGCCCAACCCUCACCACCACCGAUCUCUUCAACACCCUCUCCGCAAACCCAUCCGAGGUCUCGGCGAUCUUUACUGCCCCUCUCGAGAGGUUCCUGAGUUCACGACCGGAAGAGUAUGAUUACUUUGAUAUGUCGUGGAUGAUGUCUAGCCAUCGCGUUCAUCGGUUCGAGCGAUGUGGGGCCGACAACUUUCUUCUUACUCCUGCUAGACCUAUAAGUGCGAUGGUGCCGGAUGAGGGCGACACAUCAACAUCACUCUCGUACUCGUACUCAAACGACGGUGAUAAUGAAGGUGGACCAGAGACAGAAGUGGUGGAUCGAGCAAAGGUCGGGUGGCCUGUGUAUGGGAUGACGGCAGGAAUCUUGAUUGAGGUUGCGAGUAUUGCGUUUCAACGGGCUCCGGAUUUUCAGGUCUAUGCGCAUGACCAGAUGACGGACCAGGACCAGAUCGUCAAAUGGUAUAACCAGUCUAAACAUACAUUCCGUCGUUCUUCUCUUUGA